CAUCCCACCCACCAACCAUGAGGUGAUGCCUGGGGGCAGUGUGAACCUGACGUGCGUUGCUGUGGAUCUCCCAUGCCCUAUGUCAAGUGGAUCCAUGGGAGAAAUCGAACUCACCAAGGAGGAUGGAUGCCCAUCGGUCGAAUGUUCUGGAGGUGACCACGUCAAGGAGUCAGCCAACUACACCUCGUGGCAUAUCAUCACGGUGGCAUGA